GUGAAAACCUCAACGUUUUAAAGUGCUAAAAUUAGACCUGUGGGCCAGUCUGGUUCGCGUUGCCUUACGUAGAGUACGUUGGUUAAAAUUUUUUCGAGAAAAAAAUAGCAUUAGUUGAUCGCAUGGGCUUUUGUUAGUUCAAGUUCCGCUAAAGAUGGCCGAAACAAUUGAAGAAGAGUACGAGGGCGAUUUUCGGAAGAAAACCGUCCGGACCAGCUUUAAAAUCCAAGAGACGAAAUCUUCUACAACCACCACUGUAGAAACAAUACCAGCAAAAUUGUAUGGUAAAGAUCCCAGUGUGUAUGAUGACAUUGAUGUAGACGAUUUAUUAAAUAAACUGUCAGAAGAGGAAUUAAAUGCGCUAGCAAAAGAAGUUGACCCAGACGAUUCUAUGCUGCCUCCGUCACAAAGAUGCGGCUACGAAUGUGAAAAGGAUGCCACUGGACCCGUGGACAGGAAUCAACUAAUUACUUACAUUAAUACACAGGCCUUAGAAACUCCCGAUUUGCCUGAAAACCAGCCAUUUGAAUUGGGUAAAGUAAGAGGAAAAAAAUGGAUACCCCCUGAGCCACCCAUCAGAGAACAACAAGCAGAUGAACAAGUUGCCAUCGAUUUGGGCAGUGAGUACGAAAACGCUUUAGCCAAAGCCUCGGACGAGGAGAUCAUCGAUUUGGCUGCUAUACUGGGUUUCCACCAAAUGAUGAACCAAGAUCAAUAUUAUGCUUCCUUGUUGAACACUGGCCAACCAGUCGGUUUGGGAUGGGAUGGUAUUACGAAAUCUUCUAAACAAAAGAUUUUUCCCAAAGAAGGGCCAAAUACUACAGAUAUCUUAAAGGUUAUUAGAAACGUGGAAGAUGAUGAUAAAAACAUGUUGGAUGUGAACCUAAACAAUAUAAAAACCAUCUCUGAUGAAAAUUUUGCCACCCUCUUUAAAGAACUUGCUGAAAACACGUAUGUUACGUCAUUGUCUUUGGCAAACACGGGUUUAACAGACCACAUGGCCGAACAACUAAUAGAAGCCAUAAAGAAAAACAAUACACUUAAAGUUUUAAAUGUUGAAUCAAACCAGUUGUCGCCAAAAUGUAUUGCAGCUUUUAUUGAUGCUCUUCUGGUUACAAAGUCUAUUGAAGAGUUUAGAGCUUCAAAUCAGAGAAAUUGUAUAAUGGGCAAUAAAAUCGAAAUGGAAAUAACAAAUUUGGUAGAGAAAAACCCGUCUUUGGUGAGGUUAGGUUUGCAUUUAGAAUACAACGAUGCCCGUGACAGGAUCGCUAGGCAUCUCCAAAAAAACAUCGACACAAAUCGGCGAAUAUCAAAAUAUUUGAUCACAAUCGGUUCCAAUAAUAAAUCAGUCACAAUCACACGACAAGAUUAAACUUAGAAAAGAAACUACAAUUCAGUCUAGAUUUAGACUUUAUAGUUACCGUCCAAGACCCCGUAUCAAUUAAAGGUUGUCGGAAAGAAUUUCACAAAUAUUGGAACUUACUCAACUUUUAUUGUAUUAUAUUAACCUAUUAACUUUAUAGUUUGUUUUAGAUUUAAUGUUGUAUAUAUUUAAAUAAAUUUUCAUGUACUAUUA